AUGCACGUGGCGCUGCCAGCGGCUUUGCUCGCCCCGCUGCAGGUGUGGGUGUACCUGAGCUGCGCCUGGCCCGCCGGCUGCCAGCCGCCGCCGCCGCGCCACAACCCGCCGGCGCCCGCCGCCUGGAGGCAGAGGAUUCAGUGGGAGAACAACGGGCAGGUGUACAGCCUGCUGAGCCUGGCCUCCCAGUACCAGCCGCCCCGGCGCCGGCAGGCAGCGGCCGCUGGCAGCCCCAUCCUGCUGCUCCGAAACAACGCCACCGCCCCGCGGGGGGCUGCUGCUGCUGCUGAAGCCGGCGUUGCCCAACCGCCGGCCGGGACCGCCAGCAGGGGCUCGGGGGCUCGCCACUGGUUUCAAGCCGGCUACCAGCCGCCCCCCGGCGGCACCGCAGGGCAGAGGAGCCAGGAAGCCACGAACGGUUCAGCCAGGAGCCCUCCCCAGGGGGCGUCUCGGCCCAGUGCCCCCCACAGCUCAGGCGUCGGCCCCAGGAGGGGCAACAGCACCAGCCCCGGCAGCCCCCCGCCCCUGAGCAAUCUGAGAGGCGGCCGGGAAGAUGCCAUGGUAGGAGACGAUCCCUACAACCCCUACAAGUACACGGACGACAACCCCUAUUACAACUACUACGACACCUACGAGAGACCCCGCCAGGGCAGCAGGUACAGACCCGGCUAUGGCACCGGCUACUUCCAGUAUGGUCUCCCUGACUUAGUCCCGGAUCCCUAUUACAUCCAGGCAUCCACAUAUGUCCAAAGGGUGUCCAUGUACAGCCUGAGAUGCGCUGCCGAGGAGAACUGUCUGGCAAGUUCAGCUUACAGGUCAGAUGUCAGAGAUUAUGAUACUCGAGUGCUUCUGAGAUUCCCCCAAAGAGUGAAAAAUCAAGGCACAUCAGACUUCCUACCAAGCAGACCCCGAUAUUCAUGGGAGUGGCACAGCUGUCACCAACAUUACCACAGCAUGGACGAAUUCAGCCACUAUGACUUGCUGGAAGCAGGCUCACAUCGGAGAGUUGCUGAAGGGCACAAAGCAAGUUUUUGUCUUGAAGAUACCUCCUGUGAUUAUGGAUAUUAUAGAAGAUAUGCAUGUACAGCACAUACACAGGGACUAAGCCCUGGCUGUUAUGACACCUACAAUGCUGACAUAGAUUGCCAGUGGAUUGAUAUUACAGAUGUAAAACCUGGAAACUACAUACUGAAGGUUAGUGUAAAUCCCAGCUAUUUGGUACCAGAGUCCGAUUACUCCAACAAUGUAGUACGCUGUGAUAUCCGCUAUACAGGCCAUCAUGCAUAUGCCUCUGGCUGCACAAUUUCACCGUAA